CCUAGCUAAAGUAUAGUACAGAACAAUGAUGAGUACAAGACUCUCUGUUGUGAUCAUUCUUUUCAACCUAAGUGUUGUUGCAUGGGCUGGUGUGACCCAGGGAACAACCUCAGAGUGCUUUGUUAAUAAUGUUGACAGAUUCAUGAAUGGGCAGAGCUGUUCACCAUACAACAUCUUUGACUCAGGUCAUUCAAUCACAAAUGCCACUCUGUCAGCCUUUUGUCCCAGCCAGUGUGCAAUAGCUGUGAACAUUUUCUUUGAAAUUGCUUGCAACUUGAGCUACAGUGAGAUUGUCUGCUCAAGAAAUGAAGACGAUACUCACUACUGUGUCGACUUUCAAUACACUGAUGAUCGACUCUCGGGAGAUAUCCUUGGGCCAAUGGGUGCUGCAUGUCAAGAUACCAACUGUAGCCAAUCAGAUGCUUGCAAUGCUUCUGUACAAGCACUACCUUGUUGUUUAAAUCAGGCAAAUCGAUAUUUAACUGAGAUUGAUGGACGACCUGCUCUACUCUCCGGUGACUGCACUGUAGUGAGCUCUGUGUGCAACGUACCGGACAUAACACUACUAACUACUGAACCACCAUCACCAACUAAUAUCACCAGUACUAGUAUUACGUCUGGAGCUGGGGAUGUAACUGCUGUGGUGCAUUGGACAGUUGUUAUGACAUUGCUUGUAUCUGUAUGGACUUAUUAAUUAACCAACUAGACUAGAACCAACCACACUUUACUUAUUUUCACUUGUUUUUUAACCAACUAGACUAGUUGCCAACCACAUCACUUGUUUUUUUUAACUUUAAUAUAGACACAAAGCCAUUACACUCAUUCUAUACGA